GUAUGAUUUCAUGUCUUAUACGCAUUACGUUCGUUUAUUUAGGCCUCUGUAUUCGUUUUUUCUGAUCACUUAUAUAUCAAAACUCAUCACGACAACUCGGUUAGGAAAGACAAUUUGUAUUGCGCCUGUAUAACCAAACAAAUAACUUACGGGUAAAACUUCAUUUCGUGAAUGAAUGGUGUGACGGCCUUUAUACGUCGAAAAGAGACUUCAAACAUUUAUAAUAGUAUAAUUUGAAUCGUUUUUAGUGUGGGAUAAUGAGUUGGAUUUGGCUUGAACAAAUACAAGUCUAAUUAUAACAACUAUCAAGACGGGUUACGUUUGGAGACCACAUAUAUUUUUACACCUCAGCUGAUUAAACCUAGUUUGAAGAUGAUCAUUCAUAUAUAUUUGACUAUUAAGAGGUGGAAUCAAAGACAGCUCACAUGAGUCAUGAGAUAUGAUCUCUUUCGAUCUUUCAAAUAUUCCAUUUGAGUAUUAAUUGUUUCAUCGUUAAAUCAUUAAUCUGAUCGGGCUACGUGUUAUCUUGUUUCUUGCCCUUCUUCUCCAUGAUUGUUUGGACCUCGACAAAACUAAAUCAUUAUUAUUCGUACGACACACCCCUCUCUCACUGUCAAAACCGGUCUACACCGGAUGAAACAUUCGUUUUUACCUUCAAUUUUUUAUAAUUAAUAUAUAUAUAUAAAGUUUGGUGGUCCCUAAAUUAUUAUUUUUUUUCAAAUAUUAAGAUAUGUAUAUUAAAAUAUUUAUUACCCACAAAAGUACUCAUCAUGAUAUACACAUUUAUGCAAUCAGGAAUAAUUCUUAAGGCUUCGUUUUUGUUGGACUAAUGGAUAUGGCAAAACCCAUCACAUGCAUGUAUGUGCUUUGAGUUUAGACCGAGUGCAUAUAUAUCUCUUAGACAGAUUUAAAAGACAGAAAAGAUAGAUUACCCUUCAAAUAAAUGUCGAUUCUAACUAUUAAUACUCAUUCAUAUUUCUGUUAGAUAUAUUUUGUAUUUUUAUAAUAAUUAUACAUGGAGACAAGGGACAAGAAAGAGGAAGGUUUGAACCAGGGAAGUUGGGCUCUGGAGGAGUACCAAAGGCUGCACUUCUUAACGUGUCAUACUCUACCGCGACUCUAGCCAACUGUUUGGCUCUUCCUUUCUUUAUCCUUGUUCCUUUGUAAACAUUUUCAUAACCUUUUACCAAACAAAAAAAAACAUUUUCAUCUUUGUCGAAAUAAAAUCAUUUUAUAACCUCUUUGUCAAAAAAAAACAUUAUUUGAUUCACAUCUAUUAUUAUUAAAAUGACUUCCUGUUGAGGAUAUUUUUUUAUGAUAAACGAGACUAUGAAUGUUAAAUGAAGAAGCUAUGCAACAAAGUUUAUCCAUGACUCUUUGAAUUAAUUAUUUAUUAAUAGUUUUCAUAUAGCAGUAUAUGUUCAUGAUUAAAUAGCAAUAAAUAGUCAUGCUUACUUGUUAUCUUAAUCUCUAAUGUUCUUUUGGGUCAUCAGAUUCCAGAUUUUACAAGCCAUCACAGUUGGCCACUUGUAAAUUCGUUUGUCCCCAUCAUUUAUGGGUCCAUGAUAUAUAGAACAUCGAAAUAAUUAUAAAAACUAACUUCCUUAGAUAACUUGAAAAGAUAUCAAUAUUCACAUUGAAAAUAAAAUAAAUAACCUUUCUUUAUAUUUACCCAUUAUCUAAUAGCGCGAUUUUAUCUUCAAGAAAAACAGGACAUAUUGGUGAUAUAUACACGUUGGAAAACAUUUUUUUCCAGGUACAAAAUUUUACAUGAAAAAACAAACAAACCGAACACCAUGCUAUAUGACCACACAAAUUAAUUCUAUAAUAUAAAUUUACAUUCGUUUUUUGCCGAACACAUUAUAAUAAUUAAAUAGAUUGAUUUAUAAAAGGGCUCUUUCCCUUCUUACAUUUCUUGCAUUUCUCUAUUUCCUUCCUCGAAAACCGGAGUUAACACAAUGAACGGUGAUCAUGUCUCCGUCGCAGACUCCGACAAUAUGAAAUCUCCGCUCUUACCGGUCGUCCACAAUGACGAACCAAUGGAGAGAAAAACGGUGGGGCAACAUCUCCGGACAAUAUUCACGCCGAAUAAUUGUUACAUCGCUCUUGGUCCUCUUCUUUGCGCGGUGGUGUGUCUAUGCGCACGGCUCGGAGGAGAUGAUACGACGAGGGCGAGGAACAUGCUCGGCGUUCUUGUAUGGAUAUUCGAGUGGUGGUUGACGGAGGCCGUUCCGAUGCCUAUCACCUCCAUGUCACCGCUUUUCCUAUUCCCUCUCUUCGGAAUCACGGCGGCGGAUGACGUGGCAAGUUCUUACAUGGAUGACGUCAUCGCCCUAGUCCUGGGCAGCUUUAUCCUUGCUCUCGCCGUCGAACACUACAAUAUACAUCGUCGUCUCGCCCUUAACAUAACUAUGGUGUUCUGCGUGGAGCCUCUAAAUGCGCCACUGCUUCUUCUUGGCAUCUGCGCAACGACGGCGUUCGUGAGUAUGUGGAUGCACAACGUGGCGGCUACCGUCAUGAUGAUGCCAGUUGCUACAGGGAUACUUCAAAGACUGCCCUCUUCGUCGGAAAUGGUGCAUCCGGCGGUGGGGAAGUUUUGCAAGGCGGUGGUGCUCGGUGUGAUAUACUCGGCUGCAAUUGGUGGAAUGAGCACACUGACAGGAACAGGUGUGAAUCUGAUACUUGUCGGAAUGUGGAAAAGCUAUUUCCCUCAGGGUAACCCAAUCAGUUUCAGCCAAUGGUUCUUCUUCGGUUUCCCAUUAGCUUUGUGCAUAUUCUUGGUGCUUUGGGGUAUUCUAUGUGUGUUGUAUUGUCCUAAAGGAUCAGGGAAAGCUCUAUCUCCUUAUCUUCAUAAAUCUCAUCUUCGUAGAGAGCUUGAGAUGUUAGGAACAAUGAGUUUCGCUGAAAAGAUGGUUCUGUCUGUGUUUGGUGGGUUGGUUUUGUUGUGGAUGACGAGAAAUAUAACCCAAGAUAUCCCCGGCUGGGGUAGCCUCUUCCACGGCCGGGCUGGGGAUGGAACGGUGAGUGUGAUGAUGGCUACAUUGCUGUUUAUAAUCCCAAACAAAAUUAAAAAGGGAGAGAAGCUAAUGGAUUGGAAUAAAUGCAAGAAACUCCCGUGGAACAUAGUGUUAUUACUAGGAGCUGGGUUCGCUAUAGCUGAUGGAGUACGCUCCAGUGGCUUAGCUGAAGUCUUAUCCAAAGGUCUGGUGUUUCUUGAAACAGCUCCUUAUUGGGCUAUUGCUCCAACCGUUUGCCUCAUCGCUGCUACCAUCACUGAGUUCACCUCAAACAACGCAACCACUACAUUGUUGGUUCCUUUACUCAUCGAGAUUGCAAAGACAAUGCGCGUCCAUCCUCUGCUUCUGAUGGUCCCUGGUGCCAUAGGAGCUCAGUUUGCUUUCUUGCUACCCACGGGAACGCCCUCUAACGUCGUAGGGUUCACGACAGGGCAUAUUGAGAUCAAAGACAUGAUUAAGACAGGCUUGCCUCUAAAGAUCGCAGGAACCGCCUUUCUCUCUGUCUUGAUGCCAACCCUUGGGGCUUACGUUUUUGGAACAAAAGGAUGAGAUUAGUUCAAUGAGUUGAAGCACAAGACAACAGACACUAUUGAUUCAUUGUGUACUAUAUUCUUACAAUGGGGCAUCCUAUUUUAGAUAUGUCAGUCAAACCAGGAAAUUUAGAUGUGGUCAACAAACCGGCCCAUUUUUGUAACCUGCUCGACUAUAGUUUCCGGUACGAUUGUUUUCUUUUGUGCUUUUACAACGUACCGGUAAGUUUGGUCCUAUUUUUCUUGUGUAUAUAUAUAUAUAUAUUGAGAACAGUUAUUUAAAUAUAACUAUGUGCAUUGCAAAAAACUCGUAACAGUUUCUACAAACACAAUAAAGGAGAAAAGAAAACGCUCAUGCCUUGUUUACAUCAACAAUUUUAUGUCCUGCUUGCUUGUAUUACUUUUGUCUGUUACUCAUUUAUAUUCUUGAUUUGUCCUUUGCUA